AUGAGCUACUCCGGCGCCAUGUUUAACAGAAGAGAAAGCGCCGAACAGCUCGACCCAUUCAUCCCGGCCAGUCAGCUCUAUGCCAGUGACAAUCUCAAGCAGCGGGAGCGUACUGCGCGCUCAAGGACCAUGUCAGCUGGAAAUAUCUUCAAUCAGGCGGAGGGUCCAGCCAGGAUUCCACCUUCAGCACCAAGACGUCGCUAUUCUCAAGAUGAAAAGACACAGCAACCGCGCAAGUUUCUCGUCAAUGUGGAACAGACGCUUCAGGCCCUACUUGAAAGUGAAGACACAGACAACAACAUGCAAAUCACUAUUGAAGACAGUGGGCCCAAAGUGCUAAGCCUUGGAACUGCCAAUUCACAUGGUCUCAAGUCUUUUGAGAUUCGUGGCACCUACAUGCUUUCUAACUUGCUGCAAGAGCUUGUUCUUGCCAAGGACUAUGGACGGCGUUACAUUCUGCUUGAUGAGCGUCGUCUAAAUGAGAAUCCAGUCAAUCGUCUUGCGCGGCUCAUCCGUGGCACUUUCUGGGACGGUCUGACUCGAAGGAUUGACAAGUCUAUGCUGGAGAUCAUUUGUGCAGAUACGAAGAACCGUUCCAAAGACCAGCGCCCUCGCAUUUAUGUGCCGCAUAGUGAAACGGAGAUUUACGAAUACUAUGUGCGUGCGGCAGCAGAAAAGCCCAACCUCGGCUUGCUUGUGGAGUACCUGCCAAAAGACAUCACGCCCGAGUUUGUCCGCGAUGUCAAUAAGAAGCCUGGCCUGCUGGCUCUCGCCAUGAACAAGUACACAAAAGAGGAUGGCACAGAGGAUCUCAUUGGCGUGCCUUUUGUUGUGCCAGGUGGUCGUUUCAAUGAGUUGUACGGCUGGGAUAGCUACUUUGAAUCUCUUGGUCUCAUCAUUGACGGUCGCGUUGAUCUGGCGCGCGGCAUGGUGGAGAAUUUCAUCUUUGAAAUCACACACUAUGGCAAGAUCCUCAAUGCAAACCGCUCCUACUAUCUUUCUCGGUCGCAGCCUCCAUUCUUGACAGACAUGACCCUUCAGAUUUUCGAUAAGAUUAAGCACGAACCAGAUGCGCUUGAUUUCCUGGAAGCUGGUUUCCGUGCGAGCAUCAAGGAGUACUUGACUGUUUGGACUGCUGAGCCGCGCUUCGAGCAUACUACUGGCCUAUCUCGCUACCGAGCAAGGGGUAUCGGCAUCCCUCCCGAGACUGAAGCUAGCCACUUUACGCAUCUUUUACAGCCGUACGCGGAUAAACAUGGCCUCACUGUCGAAGAGUUUACAGAAGAGUACAACUACCAACGCAUCAGCUGUCCGGAGCUUGACGAGUACUUCAUGCAUGAUCGUGCAUUGCGUGAGUCUGGGCACGAUACAUCGUACCGGCUAGAGCACGUCGCCGCUGAUCUCGCCACGGUAGAUCUCAACGCACUGCUGUACAAGUAUGAAACUGAUAUUGCUCGUGUCAUUCGCGAAUACUUCAACGAUCAGUUCAAGUAUGAUGGUUCUGUCCAGACAUCCAGCAUGUGGGACCGUCGUGCGCGCAAUCGCAAGGCAGCCAUGGACAAAUUCUGUUGGAAUGAGAAAGCUGGUAUGUAUUUUGACUACAACACCAAGUCAAAACGCCAGAGCGGCUUCGAGUCUGCAACAACGUUUUGGGCGCUUUGGGCUGGUCUCGCGUCUCCGAAGCAGGCCAAUGCGUUGGUGGAGAAGGCACUACCAAAGAUGGAAGCCGUGGGUGGGCUGCUUGCUGGUACAGAGCGAUCUCGUGGGACCAUCACGCAGGCUCGACCAAACCGACAGUGGGACUACCCAUUCGGCUGGGCACCUCAUCAGAUUUUGGCUUGGAAGGGUCUCGAGCGAUAUGGCUUUGAAGAUGAAGCGAAGCGUCUUGUCUACCGCUGGAUGUACACGAUGACGAAAUCAUUUGUGGACUACAACGGUGUCGUUGUUGAAAAGUACGAUGUGACGGCAAGUAAGGAUCCUCACAAAGUCUUGGCAGAGUACGGCAAUCAAGGUGGGGAUAUCAAGGGAGUUGCACGCGAAGGCUUUGGCUGGGUCAAUGCAUCCUUUUCCGUCGGCUUGUCUUAUUGCAAUACAGCCAUGCGACGUGGUCUAGGCACGGUGACACCUCCUGAUGCCUUUUUCAAGGGACAGAUCAACGAUAUUCAUGACCUUGGGUCGCUAGAGAUUGAGGCAGAUGGAAUUGAAGAAGAUUAUGUGGAACCAGUGGAUGAGGCUGCAUUACAACCGCCGGCGUGA